CAAGGACAGCAAAUCCUCAAAUGUUCCACUGGCAAAGUUGAAUCACUUUUCACCCAAAAUUGUCACGGCUGGCGUCACAGAACAGUUGCCCUGGAGAUGAGGCUCCCUCGCCGUUUAAAAGAGGGUGUGGAGAACAGCAGCGGCCUGCACCGUCUCUCCGAUGAGACGAGGCUAACUAGGAGCCGUGAGGCUGCAUUGCAGAGGCGCCGUGCUGCGGAUGGCGGUGUUGGGCAGCGAGGGCUGAACGCGUUGCCUCCUUCUAAGGUGGUUUCAGAGACCAGACCUUACGAUGCUCUUCCGCCUGGUGCUGCGGAGCUGUGCUCGCCGAACGCCCAUCAUCCAUUCGCGGGCUCCUAAUCCCAUUGCCAAUAGAAGUUUACCAGGAGUAUUUAUUCCCACUUUGCAGUUUAAUGCCCACUUUGCAAGUAAAGGAAAAAAGGAAUCAGUUUCCUUUGGUGUGAACAUUUUUCAGGGCAGAAUCAGCACUGAACAAGUUUUUCCCUAUCCAUCAGUUCUAAAUAGUGAGCAGUCACAGUUUCUUAAGGAGCUAGUGGACCCAGUCUCCAAGUUUUUCCAGGAGGUCAACAAUGCUGCUGAAAAUGAUAGACUGGAGAAGGUAGAGGAUAAGACCAUGGAAGGUUUAAAGGAAAUGGGAGCUUUUGGUUUGCAGGUUCCUGUUGAUCUUGGGGGUUUGGGACUCAAAAAUUCUCAGUAUGCUAGACUGGUGGAAAUCGUUGGUCAUCAUGACCUUGCAGUGGGCAUUACCCUUGGGGCUCAUCAAUCUAUUGGAUUUAAAGGAAUUUUAUUAUUUGGCACUGAUGAACAGAAGAAGAAAUAUUUACCUGACCUUGCAUCAGGUAAAACAAUAGCUGCCUUCUGCCUCACUGAAACAGCUAGUGGGUCUGAUGCAGCCUCUAUAAAAACAACUGCUGUGGAGAAGGGUGAAAACUACAUUCUGAAUGGGGGCAAGCUCUGGAUUAGUAAUGGGGGCACAGCAGAAAUCUUCACUGUGUUUGCAAAAACUACUGUCAAGGACAAACACACUGGAAAGGAGAAGGACAAAAUCACUGCAUUUAUAGUGGAAAGAAAAUUUGGAGGAGUGUCUCAUGGUCCUCCUGAAAAGAAGAUGGGAAUCAAGGCUUCCAACACAGCUGAGGUUUACUUUGACAAUGUGAAGGUGCCAGCAGAAAAUGUACUCGGUGGAGUUGGCAAUGGGUUUAAAGUCGCCAUGAACAUACUGAACAAUGGUCGAUUCGGCAUGGCUGCUGCCCUUUCAGGGACAAUGAUUGCUGCUAUUUCCAAAGCAGUUGACCACGCUACUAAUCGAACACAAUUUGGCAGCAAGAUUCACACAUAUGGCCUCAUUCAAGAGAAAAUUGCUACUAUGGCUAUGUUACAGUAUGUAACUGAGGAAACAGGUAUAGAGAGAGUGAUGAGAGAUUUGCGCAUCUUCCGUAUUUUUGAGGGAACCAAUGACAUUCUCCGAUUGUUUAUUGCAUUAACUGGUAUUCAAAAAAGUGGAGAGUACUUUAAAAGACUGCAGACGGUCAUGAAGAAUCCGUUCAGCAAUCCUGGAAUACUAAUGGAGCAAAUCUUCAAAAGAGCUAACCGGAAACUGGGCAUGUCCUCUGGUCUAUCAUUAAAGAAUGAAACACAUCCUGAUCUCGCGGCGAGUGGUGAUUUGGUGGCAAAAACUGUUGAGCACUUUGGAACCUCCAUUGAAGAUCUUUUAUUGAAAUACAGGAAGGAAAUAAUAAGUACGUAGGAAAAAAUAAGGAUGAAGCAAAAAUAAGUAAAUUAUGAUGGAGCAUGUAAUGGAAUACAAGGUUAUUGUCUAUAUGAAGCGUAUCAUUGGCUUUGUUAUUGUGGAAAAUAGUUCACAGACGUGCGGAUGCAAUGUGAGUUAAUCAUUAUUACAGAUACACUGCUCCAUUCCCUGGCUGGUAGCAGCAGGACCCUCCUUGCUGGGUGAUAAAAUCGUUUAGUAUUUCUGGCAGCUUCUUACUGUGCUCCAUUAAGGAUAAUCCAGCUCCACAUCUCUCAGCUGACCAGUCUGCAUUUGCAAUGUCUGUCUGGCAUUUUCUGUUUCUAAUUUGGUAAAGUCAUCCAGCCUUUUUGAGGUAGGAGGUGGUUGAGCCACACGUUUCUAAGCAUUUCGUUCACUUCACUCCCACAUAGUUAGAAACUUCCUUGUCAAAAUAUGUGCUUCCAAACAGAAGUAAGUGACUGUGUUGAACUUAUUAAAUUAAAAAAACGGUAGCAAACCAUGUGGAAAAGUAAAUCUGGAAAGUUACUUCAAACCACAAAGGAUGAAUAAGGUCAAAUGAGAGAACUGAUGGCAAUACAUUGUUUAUCAGUAGGGUGAUUAACAUACAGAACAGUAGAGGGUAAAGUGAUUGAAAUUUUCUUUUUAAAAAGCAAUUGGAUACCUGGUGGUGGGUCUGAGACAAGAAAGUAAAUAAUUUUACGCAACUUGAUUUAUUUUGUGAUCCACCAUUUGUGCUCUGAUUUUAAAAUGAUUCCCUAGUUACAUGACACCUUUUCCAAUUGGGGGAAGUUGAAGUUAAUGUUAACUUCAUGAAACAGCUACUGUAUUUCAUCAAUUUUGGAGAUGCCGGUGUUAGACUGGGGUGUACAAAGUUAAAAAUCACACAACACCAGGUUAUUCUCCUGCUCCU